AAUAACUUAGAACUUUUAUUCAUUGAAUAUUUUCGUGCUGAGCCCGUGUUGUGGGACAUAAGUUCGAAAGAUUAUAAAAAUAAAACUGAACAGCACGAUAUGAUACGAAUUAGCACUAUUAUGGAAAUUCCAAUAAAUGAAUUAAAAAAGAAAAAAGAUUCACUGAUGUCUAGUUAUAGAAGCUACAAGGGGAAAGUUAAGAAAUCUGCUCAGUCGGGAGCUGGUGUCGAUGAUAUUUAUCAGCCUAUUUGGUUUGCAUACGAUGCAAUGAAUGAUUUUUUGGGAGAUAGCCUGACAGCUAAAAAAACUAUCAAUACUAUAUAUACCACUCCUCUGGACAAGAUGCCGCCGACGCAAAACCCCAUCAGAAGUUGCAGAAGCAGGAGAUAUUGUAAAAUAGAUGCUCUCGCCACCUUUAAAUCAACUUUACAAAAGACCCAACAGCCUGUUCAAGAAGAUGAUUGCGAUUUAUACGGAAAAUUACUGGCGAAGAAACUGCGAAAAUUAUCCGAAAAUAAAAAAUUGCAGUUGAUGCAUGACAUUGAUGGAGUGUAUUUACGGUAUAAAUUCGAAGAUAGGACGACUCAUUCACCGCCUCAAUUUCAUGAACCAAGACCAGGCACUUCAUCACCUUCAAAGUCUCCAUUGCAUUAUCAUUCAGAAUCAAAAUACCCAGUUAAAGAAAAAACAAAUUAUCCUGUCCAUUAUCUGGAGAACCAAAGUUCAAACACUUCUCAUGAUUAUCAUGAUCAAACCCAAGAUGAUACAGAACAACAAGAGUGA